GUGGAGAGAGAGAGUCUUUCAGAUUUCUUUGUUUAGUGUGUUUGUGUGAGAGACCAAAUUAUCAGAGAGAUUGGACUCAGAUAGUCUCUCUUUCUCCUCUUUUGAGGUGAGUAAUGAAGUAAUGAACCAAGUCCUCAACCUCUUCUUCUCUGAAGAAGAUGGCUCAAAAACAAGAACAACGACAGCUAGAAUCCAACCCCUUAUUCGAUGCUCUGUACUGCGAAGAAGAACACUGGGAGGAAGAUGGGGCAGAGGAACAUCUAGACAAAACAGAGAGUGAGAGCAGCUACAUCUCCAACAACACUAACAGCCCUUGUCUCCUCCCUCUUCUGUUAUUGGAACAAGAACUCUUCUGGGAAGAUGAAGAGCUUGCCUCUCUCUUCUCCAAAGAACUGCAGACCCACCUUUGCAUCGAUCCUGCCCUGGCCUCCGCUCGUCGAGAGGUUGUGGAGUGGAUGCUCAGGGUCUUUUCCCACUACGCCUUCUGCCCUCUCACCGCAGUUCUCGCCGUCAACUACCUCGAUAGGUUCCUCUCCAGCUUCCAUUUCCAGAAAGAUAAGCCUUGGAUGGCUCAGCUAGCCGCCGUCGCUUGUCUCUCCAUCGCUGCCAAAGUGGAGGAGACCCAAGUCCCUCUUCUCUUGGACCUGCAAGUGGAAGAAUCCAAGUAUGUGUUCGAGGCCAAAACGAUUCAGAGAAUGGAGCUUUUGGUUCUCUCUGCGCUUCAGUGGAAGAUGAAUCCAGUGACCCCACUUUCUUUCCUCGACCAUAUCAUAAGGAGGCUUGGAUUGAAAACCCACCUCCACUGGGAGUUCCUCCGGCACUGCGAGCGUCUCCUCCUCUCCCUCCUCGCCGAUUCGAGGUUUGUUCAUUAUCUUCCUUCUGUAUUGGCUGCUGCGACAAUGCUGCACGUUAUCGAUCAGGUUGAACCCGAUAAUCCGGCCGAUUACCAGAACCAGCUUUUGAGUGUACUCAAGAUCAGCAAGGACAAAGUGGAUGAUUGCUAUGAACUCAUCGUGGAGUUGACAACAGGCCACCAUGGGCACGGCCAGAAACGCAAGUAUGAAUCUAUGCCGGGCAGCCCCAGCGGCGUCAUUGAUGCCAAUUUUAGCUCCGACAGCUCGAACGAUUCGUGGGCCGUGGCUUCAUUGGUUACUUCUUCCCCAGAACCUCUGCUGAAGAGGAGAAGAGCUCAGGAACAGCAGAUGCGUGUCCCUUCGCUCAACCGUGUGUUUGUGGAUGUGCUCGGCAGCCCUCGUUAGAGAACUCUUCUCUCAUCUUCCAAAUUUUAUCUUUUUUCUGAGUAAUCUCUCUAUAAUCACUAUCACCAGCAAACUCGUAGCCACCCAUGUUAUGAGACAUUCUCUAUUUCAUAAUCUUUACUUAAUGUUCCAUGUUCGAAGUUAAAUUGCCGGCCAUCUCUGCGUUUCCAUCUGAAAAUCCAGUACAACAAACAUAUACAAAGAGAUCUCAGAGAUUGAAAAUCAGAGAUGGCUGGGCAUUGUACUCUCGAGGAAAUGAAGCAGCAAAGAGGACUACUAUUUGCAGUUAUAUAUUAUUAUGGGUUUGCCUUCCU